GAUUGGAAAUAAAAUGGCACACACCAAUGUAGAACCCCCAGAUGGUGGUUAUGGUUGGAUAAUACUAUUAGCUAGUGUAGGCGUUCAGUCUAUAUGCGCAGGAAGCUUUAAUGUCAGUGGGAUAUUUCUUGUGUCUUAUGUCGAGUAUUUCCAAAAAGGUGCUGCCCAGGCAUCGAUUAUAGCGUCCAUCACAGGCGCCCUUUACACCAGCUCAGGUCUCUUAGCAGAUUAUCUACACAGAAAACUUGGUGCCAGAUUGACUGUUAUGAUUGGUGGAUUUCUAUCAACAUUUGGGAUUGUUUUAUCCAUCUUUUCGCCGUCAUUAACGUUUCUCUACUUUAGUUACGGCAUUAUAGUUGGAAUAGGAUACGGCGUGUCUGUGAUUACUGUGUUAAUUACUAUUAGUCUUUACUUCAAAAGGAGAUAUGCUUUCGCCAAUGGAAUUGCGUUUGUUGGUUCUGCCGCUGGAACAAUGUGUCUUCCCCCAUUGUACAAUUAUAUUAUUGAACAAUAUGGCUGGAGAGGAGCGUUGUUUAUCGUAGCUGGAAUCCAUGCGCAGAUAAUAGUCUUUGGUGCUUUGUUGAGACCAUUAAAAACGAGAAGACCAAUAGAAGAAAUAAAAAUGCAUGAUAAACAGUUAGACAAUGGAGAAGCUGAACUGGCUUUGAUUGUUUACCAAAACAGUGAAAACCAAGACUUACGUCUUCAUGUUGUCAAUAGAAACGAAAUAACAUGUAGCGACUUUAAUGAAGAAAAACCAGUGACGCAAGAUAGAAAGAUAAACGACUAUCAAGAAAUAAGGGACGAAAACGGAACUGCAAACUCAAGCCCAAGUCAAACUCAUCGCAUUUUGAAUUAUUUGGGAAUGGGGCUGUUUAUUGAAAUACCGUCAUUUUCUUUAUUGGUUUUUGCUCAAUUUCUUGAAGGAGUAGGCUCUAUAACUGCCAUUUUGUAUGUAGUUUCCAACGCAGUGACAAUUGGCAUUUCGAAAGCAAAUUCAGCGUUUUUGUUGACAUUAUUUGGCUGUGGGAAUAUAGUUGGACGUUUGGCUCCUGGUUGGCUUGUUGACCAUGGUUAUAUAGCUCCCCUUACACUGACAGGGAUUACGAUUGGAGGUAGUGGUUUCAUCAUCCUGUGCAUCCCGUUUACUAAACUAUAUGUUAUAAUAGCAGUGUUAAUUUGUUUUUAUGGAUUUUUGUUUGGUAUAUACCAACCUAUUAUGAUUGUUGCACUUCGAGAUUUUGUCGGAGAAGCGAACCAUUCUAAGGCUAUUGCAUGGGAUUGGUUUGGCAUGUCCAUCGGAUUUCUGUGUGGAACACCAUUUACAGGCUGGCUUUACGACAUGACAGGGAAUUAUAAUGCAUCUUUCUUUUUUGCUGGUUGCGCUUUAAUCUUAAGUGGGGCUAUUAUUUUGUUGACACCAACGAUUAGAAUAUGUUUGUCGAAGAAAGAAU